AUGGAGCAAUUCGGAAACUGGGAGACUCCCAUGCACGUGCCCCAAUCGUUCCCACUUCAGGUUGGAGCCGCACCGGUGCCCAACUGCCCGCCUCCCGCAGAGAGUGUCAUGUGGAUAGACAAGAGGCAGAACCCACACCCUGCUGACGUGCAGGCAGAGCAUCAACGAAUAUUUGGAGAAAUGGCACAAAAUUUGAAGCAGCAAGGGUUCCAUGGCGAGUACUACCAGCAAGUGGUGACCGAGAUUGCAAAGCAAUUGCCUGGAGUGGAUGCAUCGCUGGAGCGUGGAUACACAGGACCCAUGUUGCCGCCGGUGGCCCCGCCACCUGUGGUCCCGCCAGUGGUGCCGCCCGUCGCCGCCUCUCCAGUAGCCCCGCUGGCCCCACCGAAGAAUCUCGACGGCGUGGCUCCAGGAUCCUCCAGGAGCCGCGAAUGGUCACCGAGGGAUCCCCGGGCCGAAGAGCGGAUGGAGGAGCUGCACCGCUACAUUCGCAACCAGGCGAACGACUUCGCGGAGGGGAAGGCGGAGUGGAGUCGACAGUUGGCAGAGGUCCGCAGUGAAAGCCUUCGCGAAGUCGAGAAGGUUCGGCGAGAGAAAGCUGAGCUGGAAUGCCAGGCCCGUCGGGAACUGGCCCGACUCAAGCACCGGAUCAAGGAACUCGGAGGCGGCGAAGAGGGCUUUUCUCUCAGAGCUCUGCCUAGCGACCCUUCAGAGCAGUUGGCCCCUUGGGCUGCCAUGGUCGGCUUCGAAGAGCACCAACAAGUGCAGAAGAGGUGUGCUGCCGCAGAGGACCGGAUUCAAGAGCUUGAGCAGUACAUAAAGGUCAGUCGGCAAGAGAGCGAGUCCAUGGAAUCCUCCUCCAAGGACGAGGUGCCGAAGCUUCGACAGACAGUGCACAUGCUUCAGCAAGAGCUGCAGCAGGCAGCAACGGAGCUGCAAGCACUGCGCGUGCACCACCACCAGAAGGUCUCCUUCUGGGAGCAGGGUGCCCGUCGUCUCUUGGGCUUCGCCGACCAGUUUUUCAGCCUGAACGGGCGUGCACCAUUCGGCUCGGGCAAUGAGGCACCCUCGGGACAGACCCGAUUCGAGAAGACCGCGACGAAAGUUUUGGUCACCAUGCCUUCUACAGACCAGGACGGCAACGAUGUUGCAGCCCUCCAGCGCAUGCUGAAGGACGUCCUGAAGAAUCCCCCCAAAGAGGCUGCAAAGAAAGCGGCCAAGGAGAAAACAGGCAGCGAAGGCGAAGGCGAACCCGAGGAAGCGAGCACCGCGGAGGACCUGGCCCCUCGCGACGAAGAAGUUCACAGCUAUGGCGGCGCCAGCUGCAAGGUGAUCCGGCCCCCGAACGGAAAGCAAGGCGAUUCUGCUUCAGACGAGGUGCCGGAACUUGCAGAAACGGCGAAGAUCGCCCACUUCGUCGCGCAGUUUGCCGUGGAUCUGAAGCACUUGCUCACGGCCAGCAACCAGGCGCUGCACAUGUCCGCAACAGAAGGACCGAUGAUACAGUUCCACUAA